UUGAUCUCACUCAGCUGAAGAGAUGAAUAACCAAGGAGCAAUCUAUGCAGAAUUGAAGGGAGUCAAGAACUCAACGAGGCAGGAAAUAAAACCUAAGGUUUCUAAAAGUUCCAUUUCAAUGACUGAGCAGGAAUUAACAUAUAUAGAAUUAAAUCUUCAAAAUUCUUCUCAGAAUCUUCAUGGGAAUGACAAGAAUUACCACUCCAAAGGUUCACCAUCACCUCCAGAGAAGUUCAUUGUUGGGAUCCUGGGACUCAUCUGCCUUGUCUUGGCGUCCAUUCUGUUGACAGUGAUCAUUGUUACUCCCUUAAUCCAUAAUCGUUCUUCAGAAUGUCAUUGUGGUCAUUGUCCAAGAGACUGGCUUACAUAUUCCAACAACUGCUAUUAUACUAGUUUGGAAAAAAAAUCAUGGAAUGAGAGUGUGAGAUCCUGUGCUACUAAGAAUUCUACUCUGCUUUAUAUAGAUAAUGAAGAGGAAACGAAAUUUCUGAUGUCCCUAUCAAUUACAUCAUGGAUUCCAGUCUCUCGUGAAGGCCGCGGUCAUUCGUGGAUGUGGCUCAAUGGUUCAACUUGCAAACUACAGAUAAGAGACUAUUUACCUGGUGAACGUAACUGUGCUGUACAAGAUUUAUGGAACAUAAGAUCAGAAGACUGUCAGGCUCCAAAUGCAUAUAAUUGUAAGCCUAAGCUUGAGAAUUAAAAUACAAGUAUGGAUGCUUUUUGAUAACUUGAUCUUUUAUAAAAUGGAUAUAAUAUUCUGAUUGCAUAAAUUUUAAAAUGAAUUAUUUUAUUUUUUCUGAUAAUGAAUGUUUUUCAAAAACA